UUGAGCUCUUUGAUUCGACUCGCUCGGACGCGCUAAAUUCCGCGGUGGGAUGGGACCACGUUGUCCGUGCGUUAUUCGCUGUUCCAUAGCGUUGUGAACUGUUGCCACACAGUGAAGCGGAGCCCCGACCCUUCUACGGGAGUGACAAUCGUGCGGCGUAACAUUUGCCUGCAAUUAUUGUGUGCAGCAUAAUUAAACAAGCCAUGUGUCCGGCUGAGUGAAGUGUUUCGAACGGAUUAAUUGUGAUUUGCGCAGCGUAAAGUGCGCGUGGUUUUGUUCCACGUGCAAAUGAGCCAAUUGCCGCUUUUCGGUUGUCUUAAGUGCUUAUUUUUGGUAUGAAAAAGCGUGCAAAUUGGCAGCGGGGCAAGUCGGAGGCGAGCAGUAUGUUCUUGCUUGAUGAGAUCAAUCAAGCUUAAUUAACAUCUUGACCAACUGCAUCAGCUGCUUGCUAGGCGUAGGAAGUGCAUUCUGUGACGAUGAGGACUAGCAGCCAGCGCCGCAAACGAAGUACGAACAGAGAGAGCAGAAGUUUUUAAAAGUUUUAAAGUGUCUUGUUUUAAAUUGAUCAACGUGGUUUUAAACGGAAAAAUUUAAUACGGGAGAAAAAUUGUGGCAAAGUUUCUACUCUCCAAAUUAUAUAAGUAGGAGAUAAGUUAUGGGUAGUGUGAGCUAUACAGCUUGAGUUACUUAUCACAAAAAGACGGUGUGGGAGAGCUUUGCGUAAACUGUGAUAUUAAACCAAGAAGCAAAAGCAGAAGAAACGGAAGAGUGCGUGCCGCAAAUUAGGAAUUGGGUGGAAUGGAAGAGAGUCUGAUGAAAAAUGUUCAAUCACAAAGUGAUAUUCGUAGGCGGUAUUCGAAAACGUCGACUGGGGGUGAGGUGAUACAGGAGUUAUUCUGUUCGGGUGAUUUGCAAUGUCAAGGUGAGGACGGCCAGGAGAGGAACCGGCAUGCCAUACAAUUUGCCAUAAGCGCCAACAGCAGCAUGAUGCAGCAGAACGAAACGAUGCUCAGCCACUGUAUCACUGUUGCUGCGGCGAGAACUUCCGCGGAAUGUGGCACUGAAUCGGACCAGAUCAGUAUGAAGAAUGCCGACUGUGAGAUGAAAAUGACCGCCCAGCCGGAUGGAUUUGCCGUCAUGGUGGAAUCGCCCAACAACCGAAUCCGCGUGGCUCUGAGCGUACUGAUCCGCCUGCUGGUACCCUUGACGCAUGGUCUAGCUCGAGGAUGGAACGGCCUACGUGGUUUCCGCCUGCUGCAACUGAUGCGAAAGAUCCGAGAAAGUCGCGGCCUACUGACGACGCUUUUCGCCUUCGCCGCCAACACCGUCUCGAUGAGCCUGUCCUCGGUUCAAGUUGCCCACCGGAUUGACCCCUUGCUACGGGUGAUCAAGCUGCGAAAGGAUUCUUCCAAGAGUGCGAUCGAGCCAGGAAAACAGUCCUUGUCAACUGGUGGCAAGCUCAGGCAUGCGAAGACUAACUUGCGGGAGAUUCCGGACAAGUGUGUGGACCUAGUUGUGCUGGCUGAACCUCCUGCUGGAGUUCCGAUACGUGCGGAUAUUGUACUGAUUCAUGGUCUUCACGGAUCGCUGGUCAACACUUGGAAGCAAGGCUUGUGGAACAGUGAAGGCAAACUGGAGCAUUUCGAGCGGCCUCCGAAGCCUCCAAUACGACCUCCAAAGCGGCAGCGUCACUCGCGAUCGAAUCUUCUAGCCCCACCACACGUAUUCAAGAAGCCAAAGAUCGAAGAAGACUCUGCCGAUCGGAGCGACGAAGAUGAUCAGUACGACGAGUCCCGCUCGACGUCGUACAGAUUUGCCAAACGGAAGAUCACCUACGAAUGUGGUGAACCAAGCAAGAUCCACUUUGCCGAUGACAUGGAGUACAGCUUUCCCACGUUUAGGCUGAGGAUGGAAGAGGAAGGCGGUGGUCAUACAAUUGCUCAAGGAUACACGGAAAAUCGCCACCAUGGUAAGCGGAAAAUGAAGGUUAAGAAGGAUGAAUCGUGGUCACCCUGUUGGCCAGGAGAUUGGUUGCCACUGGAUUGUCCCGGCGUACGAGUGAUUGCGAUCAACUACACUACGGAUCCAUAUCUGUGGCGACCGGUGUGGAUAACGAAGCGCAAUAGGUCCAACUUGGUAGAUCGAUCGCGAGAAAUGGCCAAUAUGCUUAUCGAGAAGGGAGUGGGCAAAGGGCACCCGAUCGUGUGGGUUGGCCACUCAAAGGGAGGGAUUUUCAUCAAGCAGAUAAUCGUCGAUGCAUGGGAGAGCGGUCGUCCAGCUGCAGAACCCCUAUGGCGGUCUUCACGUGGUACGUUCUUCUACUCAGUACCACACCGAGGAUCUCCGUUGGCGGAUUUUAAUCUACCGUUGCUACGACAGUCGAUCGAGCUAACUGAAAUACAGAAAAACUGUCCCAGCAUCCUGGAAUUGCACCGUCGCUUCGUAGCCCUUUACCAGGGCGGCCACCUCAAGAUCGAUGUGUUCAGCUUCGUCGAAACGGCAUUGACACUGAUGUCGGUGUUAUACCUUCGUAUCGUUGGAAUCGACUCGGCCGAUCCCGGCAUUGGCGAUGUUUGCGGCGUACACCUUGACCAUCGGGAAAUUUGUAAACCUCGCAGCCGUAACUGCAUACUCUACACCGAGUUGGUCAAAAUGAUCAAAAAGGUGAGCUGAAGAAGAGAACCCCACCGGAGCAACCCGCCAGAACGCCAACUAGGCGAUCGACCGCUCGCGUGAUUAUAUUUGUUCUAAAAUAUUUUCUAUAGCUACUUGUUCGAAGUGGUUCAAGUACGUUUUUGUUAGUGAUUUGUUUCAAUUUCUAAAUGUCGAAUAGUUAUCAUACGUCGAAAAUACGUUUUAAUGCGGCAUAGCCAAGCAAACCAGUUGAAUGAAACGAGAGCAAUAAUUCAAUCAGAUAUUAACGCAGAAGAGGACAGUGUAUAAUCGCUACCUAAGCGCAGUACCUUCAAAUUGUUUAAAAAGCAAAAAAAAAGUUUCUGAAAAAAGUAGGAAUAGGAAAGUGGUUUUGAAAAUUUUCAGUGAAUGAAGUAAAACGGAAAAUGCUCCACAUUUAUCGAAGCGCGAUUUGUAACUGUAGUCAUUAGUCUAAUCGUAGGGUAUUAUCGUAAUGGUCAACCGUGUAAGUCAUGUGAUAAAUAGAGAUUAGCAUGUUUAAACCUAA